GUAAAACUUGUGACCCACCCCACCUAUAUAUACGCACCAUUUCACAUCUAAGCAAAAAAAAAAAAAAAAAACAAAUCUCACUUCCAUUAUUGCUGUUUCUCUCAUCCGCCAUGGCCACCCUCAUUUUCCCAGCCCAACCUUCCCCAGUUGCUGACGCUGAAGCUCUUAAGAAUGCCUGCAAAGGAUGGGGCACGAACGAGAAGGCGAUUAUCGAAAUCAUAGGACACAGGAAUUGGGUGCAGAGGAAACAGAUCAGGAAAGCAUAUGAGGACCAAUACCAGGAAGAUCUGGUUAAAUGCCUUGAGAAGGAGCUCACAGGCCACUUAGAGAAAGCUGUGUACAGAUGGAUGCUUGAUCCAGAGGACAGGGAUGCAGUGCUGCUACACGUGGCAAUAAAAGAAGGGUCAGUCCCAGACUACCGCGUCAUCAUCGAGCAGUCCUGCAUCUACUCCCCUGAGGAGUUUCUCGCUGUCAAGCGGGCCUACCAGGCCCGCUAUAAGCGGUCUUUUGAAGAGGAUCUGGCCCAGCAAUCUUGUGCAGAGUUCCGCAGGCUUCUGGUUCCUCUUGCGGGCGUGUACAGGUAUGCUGGGCCCGAGAUCGACACGAAAUUGGCCCAUGCCGAGGCCCAGAUCCUUCACAAUGCCAUCAAGAAAAAGGAGUUCAAUCACGAGGAGAUCGUCCGGAUUCUGAGCACAAGGAGCAAGGCUCAGCUCGUUGCCACUUUCAAUCGCUAUAAAGACGAGCACGGUUGCUCAAUCACCAAGCAUUUGAAGGAAGAUUCGGCGAGCAAGUACCAGAACGCGCUGCGUGCCACCAUCCGUUGCGUGACUGAACCCCAGAAGUACUAUGAGAAGGUGGUGCGACAAGCGUUGAGCAAAUCGGGGAGUGACGAGGAUGCGCUGACACGGGUGAUAGUGACGAGGGCGGAGAAGGAUCUGAGGGAGAUAAAGGAGCUGUAUCACAAGAGGAACAGUGUGAGUCUGGAGCAGGCUGUGGCCAAGGAGACUUCUGGGCAUUAUGAGGCUUUUCUCCUGGCUCUCCUGGGAAAGCAAGACUGAGACUGAGAGAGAGAGAGAGAUCAUAAGCUUUUAUAAUGAGUGAAUGUUUGUGUUGUUUAAUUAAGAGUCUGAAUGUUUGUUUGAAGUUUGAAGGUGUCCUUAUAAAACUGUUCUUCUUUCUUUUGUCUUUGUGUGUCAUGUCUUGAACUUUGAGGUUGUUUUCCUUGUGUUUGCUUUAAUGUAAUGAGUUCAGUGUGGUUGCAUCAGUUAUGGAACUUUGUUUAU